UUUCACAAUCGACAUCUCGCAUUUGCGUCGUCUGCAAAUCAGAUGCUAAAAAUAACCUCUCAAUUUUGUAUGUCUUUUCUUAAAUAACUACUUGUUUCCCGUAAUUUUAAUGGCAGAUAUGCCUUGGAUUACAGCGUUCUUUGCUCCAAAAAUAGUCAUAACUAUAGUUUGGCGUUCAUAAGUCACAUUCAUGUAAAUUGAAUUUUUGCUGGAAUUCGUUGUUCAUACAUAAUACUGCAUUACAGUUUAUUGUGUCAAGAUAAAUGACAUCUUCAACGGUCAACUGCCCGCUAUGCUAUCAGCCGGCCUUCAGCUCUCUAGCCGCCUUAUCUAUGAGCCUCAUCAACGUUACUACUAGACCACUAGACUGCCCACUGUGUCACGAGUCUCUGUCCGGACUAGAUAAGUUCACAAUUCACGUGUUUGGUCACGCGCUCAGUCACAAAUCACCACAACAUGGCGUCUUCAAGGUCAUUGCUGGCACAUUCAGUCAAAAUGCUGCACCGAUCGAUGUAGGUCUGCCUGUGUUGAUUAGGCACAUUGAUGCAAGUCCUACAACUGAUGGAAAUCAUGUUCUGAAUGAAGUUACAUCUAACUUAAAUGAAUCUAGAUUGUACAUUUCAAGUGAUGGUGAUGCAAGUCCUAAAACUGAUGAAAGUCUUGUUUUGAAACAAGGUUCAACUAACUUAGAUGAAUCUAGAUUGUACAUUUCGAGCGAUGAUGAUAAAAAUAAUAACAAUGAGGAAAAAGAAACAAAAACUAUUGACGACAGAAUGUUAAAUAGCUCUCCAAAAUGUGAAAACCACAAUAUGAAAAGUAUUACUUCAAAUCAUGAAGGCCAAACUAGUAUAAAUCGUGACAAUAAUACAUCAAACAGCUGUAAGAAAAGUUUCAGUAUAAAUGAUGCAGGCCUCACUAGUAUAAACCAAGAUAGUAAUCUAUCAAACAAUAUUAUGGAGAAUGUUGUAACUAGAAUUGAUAGUAACAUUGGUACAAAUCAUGUUAGUGAUAUAAAAGGUAUUAUCACAAGAAUGGAUAGUAACAUUGGCACAAAUCAAGUCAGUAAUAUGGAAGGUAUCGUCACAAGAAUAGAUAGUAAUAUUGGUACAAAUCAUGCUAGUAAUAUGGAAGAUAUUGUCACAAGAGUAGAUAGUAACAUUGGUACAAAUAAUUAUAACAAUGCAUCAAACAAGAGUGUGGAAUGUAUUACCACUGAAAUUGAAUCUCAAGGGGGUACAACCCAUGAUUAUAAUAUUAAGAGUAUUGUGACUAAUAUUGAUGGGCACAUAGGUGAAUAUCAUGAUGGUGAUGAAACGAUUAAUGGUUCUGGUCUAAAAUAUUACAGUAAUGUAGAAGAGGGUAGUACUUUUACAACGAAUUAUUAUGAUAACAAUGUUAAAGGUGGCUAUAAGAAUAGUAUUAACAAUAAUGGUACUCCGAAUUAUACAGAUCAAGUUACUCGAGAAGAACAUGUUGAUGUUGAUAAUGACUACAAUUCUAGUUCUAUAAAAGAUACAGAUGUUCCAGCUCCUGUUAGCUAUAGAUUGAACAGUAGUACAAUUUCAAAAUUUUCCGAAGAUAACAGUAAUGAUUUGUUGAAGAAUUUGGAGCCUUUCAUCAAAUAUGGCACUCCAAAAUUUGAUAAAAUUGGAAGGAACCAGAUUUGUGUAAAGGGGGAAUCAGAUGAUAUAUCUAUUGAAAAUAGAAGAGGCAUUGAAGGUGCAAUAUAUAUUGAAGGAAUUGAGGGAAAUAGUUCAAACGUGAAAGGAGAUUUUACUAAUUUAGUGGGACAUAAUACAAAUAGCUUGGAAAUUAACUCUAAAUUCAUAGAGAAUAGGUCAAAUUUUAUGGAUUAUAGUACAAAUAACAUGGAAAAUGAUUCAAAUUUGAUGAAGGAUUUUCCAAAUUUGGUGCAAACUUGUGGAAAUGCUAAAGGUGAUAGCAGCUACGUUACGGAAGUUUUAAAGAUUAAUGAAGUAACUUGUGGACUUGAGGGGUCCAAUACAUCAGUAGAAGCUACCUCAUCGAACUUAACAUCUUCUAUACAUCACAAUAUUCUAGUGGAAGAUAUUGGUAAACCGUUUGAAAUGGUUCCAUCUUCUGAUAGGUCUCCAAUACAUCAUAAUAUUGUAGUGAAUGAUAUUGAAGAUGAACAUUACCAAGUAAUUCCAUUAAUAUUAGAAACCAGCGCGAUUUGUGGUUCGCAAAAUGACACUCCACCUUCCAAAACGAAAACCUCUAAAAAAUUUGCCAAAGGUUUGAAGAGAAAGUUUUCUAAAAAAUCUACGGACAGCUCUAUGACAACUCAAGGCGUUCAGACUAUGGAGGAAUCUUUUACAAAAAAUAACAAUACUUUCGGAAAGUUCUCAAUUAUUGAUAAAAUGAGUGAAGACCCUGUUCAAGAUUUGGACAUGGAGAGAAAUGUUUUGUCUGAUGGAAGGAGUUUUGUUUCUGAUGGAGGAAAUAUUGUUUCCGAGGCAAUAAGUAUUGUAUCUGAUAGCAGAAAUAUAGAUUCUGAUAGAAGAAAUACUGUUUCUAAAGGAGAAAGCUUUGUUUCUGACAGUAACAAAUGUAAUGUCACUUUUGAAAAUUGUACAAAUUUUACGGAGAAUGACGUCACGGCAGUUUGUGACUUGUGUUUAUUCACAUUUCCCGAUGAGAAAAUUCUACAAAUGCAUAAGAAGUUGGUGCAUAAUGACUUUGAUGAGCAGAAGAAGACGUUUUCCUGCCAUCUUUGUUCGAAGUCUUUCAAUAUGCGAGGCAGUCUCAUGGUUCAUAGAAGAGUGGCUCAUCCUGUAAUAUCGGGAGGUCAGGUAUCACUAAAAAAUAUUGAAAGAAUCAAAGAAAUGAAAGCCAGUACUUCUUUAGAUGAAACAACUCCUCAGUUUUGUUGCAAAACAUGUGGAAAAUCGUUUAAAAAGGAGCAACAUUUAACACAACACGAGAGAACACAUGAGCUGAAGCAGUGGGAAUGUGAUAUUUGUUCCAAAGUCUUCAGUACCAAAUAUUUCUUAAAGAAGCAUAAACGUCUCCAUACAGGUGAAAUGCCGUACACAUGCGCGACCUGCGGCAAAAGCUUCACAUUCCAGCAGUCGUACCACAAGCACCUGUUGUAUCACAGUGACGAGAAGCCACAUGUGUGCGCCGAGUGUGGGCGCGCCUUUAAGGAGCUGUCCACUCUGCACAAUCACCAGCGAAUUCACACAGGAGAGAAGCCGUUCGCUUGCGAGACAUGUGGUAAAUGUUUUCGGCAACGAGUAUCUUACCUUGUACACAGAAGAAUACAUACAGGAGUCAUGCCUUAUAAAUGUACAAUUUGUAACAAAAGUUUCAGAUAUAAGGUGAGUGAACGGACUCAUAAAUGCAAUAAUGCAACUCAAGGCCAAGUAGUUUCCAGAAUAAAUAUGGUGGUUGAGAAACUACAAAAACUGGAAGAAAAAAAUACAAUUUCAAACCAGGAAUCCUUUUCUUCGAUGACUUGUUCCUUAGAGGCCACGCCCACAAACACUGCAACAACCAAUCAAAUUGCAGCAAAGCCUGGUUCACAACAGCACAUGAACCAUUCCGCUCACCUUGAUAAUCCAAACUCUCUGGAAAUCAGUGAUAAUUGUCCAGGGUUUUGGAGCAACUCUUCUCCAUUAUCCACAAAUCAUCAACCUACUAACGAAAGCAAUAUUUUCUCAGCUGAAAACAGCGAUGAUUUUUUAUCGUUUGUUUUGACUCCUACUUUUUCUCCGUCGGAACAGUUCCAAAAUUUGACGUUGUCGCCAAAUUCGGCCCAGAACAGGGAACGGGAAAUGGAUGAAAAAAGGAAUGCAGUAGAGGGAACAAUGAGUAAUUCUGUGGAUGGGUAUCGUAGUAAUAGUUUUGAAACAACUAUCAACGAGGAGUCCCUUAGAGAUUUGCUAGAUCAUGUUGAUGUCUUGUAAUAAAUGUCGACUAUUUUGAUUUUAAAAAUUCACUUGGUUUAUAAAAAGUGUUCAAUUUCUGUAUCCUUUGUGUAUAAUAUAAUAAUAUUCACUCGCAUUCAAUUCGGGAUAACCAGCUGACUAUACUAAAUUAUGCAACGUUGCCAUUUUCCUAAGGCUGGGCAUACAAAAAAAAACUACUAAUUCCUUAGUCCCUGUUGCACAAAAGCAAAUACGUAUUCCUAG